UGUUUUUGAGGAGACGACUCGACGACUCCGGCGAGAAAUUUUCGUCGUCCCAACACACACGAUUUUCGCGUGUGCGCGAUCGGAGGGAUGAACGUUCUCAGAAGAACUCUUUCAUUCUUACCGAAGCAAAUACAGUUUCGACAGACUGGAAUAAAUACCUACGAGAGGGCAGCGAAUGAAAUCUUCGAGAGGGUCAGGAAAUUGCGCGAAACAGCCGACCAGCAUGUACCUCCGAAACUCUUCGUGGUGGAACGAAUAGCCACCCUGAGGGAUCGGCCUCACUGGGAGAAGAAAAUAUGUGAGCUCAUGGGUCUGUCACAUUCGAGGAGAGAAAGAAGCUGCUCCAUACAGAAAAAGAUAGGAACGUACGUGGUGAUGCCGAAUACACCCCACGUAUGCAAACUGCUCUGGCGGAUCAAACAUCUGGUUCGGGUUAAGCCCGUGGUAUUCCCCGACGGACUUCCCACCCCUGAAGAGUACACCGGCACCCAUCUCGAUCGGUACGGAGUCUUCCGGAUUGACCAAAGCCUACAAGUAGAUGAACGGAGGCUCGCCCCCGCCCCCGAUCUUGAGAGAGCCACUCUCACGGGUCGCGAGAUUGCAAAACCAAUGCAUCUGAAGUGGAUGAACAGUCUCUAAGUUGUCGAAUAAAUAAUAGUCUCUCGGACA